UAUCAAUUAUUUCAUAUUCAGUUUUUAGUUACGCGGAUUAAGCACCAUAACUUAAACUACAAAUCAGUAUAAUCUUCUUCUUCUCACUAUAUAUAUAAUAACGCAUGAACCAGGCUUUUCUUUCAUAAAGCCAUAGCCAAAGUUAUUCAUGGCUAAGGGCAAAGCUUUCAACACUUCGUUCUUUUCUCUUGUUGUUGCUUUAGUAUCUCCCUUUCUUCUUUAGCAUACUCCGUGAAACCCUUUUACUCUCAACGCUUGUAAGUUUGACGCCAUAUAUCAACUUGGCACAUUGGCAAUCUCAUUCUCCAGAACCCUCAAUCCCCAUUUGCUCGACUUCCCUAUGGACAAACCUUCUUCAAGAAGGCAACCGGGAGAUGCUCAAAUGGGUUACUAAUGAUUGAUUAUUUUGCUCAAUCGGCUGGUGUUCCAUGGCUUGAUGGCUACUUGAAUCGAAAUGCAAUAUUCAGUCGUGGGCGUAGAGUGAAUUUUGCAGUUGCUGGUUCAACAGCUUUGCCUGUGUAUGUUUUAUCAGAGGAAGGAAUUUUGGCCUCGGUUGCCAGUUCUUCUCUCAGUACACAACUUGACUGGCUGUUCACCUAUUUCAAUGGAAUCUGUUUCAAUGAUGAUGGAGUUUUGGCAUGAAUAGUACUUGUCGUUUAACCGGUUAACUUGUUUGCAUGGAGUUAUCGAGUUGGCGGCCCGUACACUUAUUGUUCCCGGAAACUUUCCAAUUGGCUGCUUCCCAAACCAAUAAUUCCACUUCUUAUGAUGGACUUCAACAACUUGUCAAUAUAUCACAAUGAGCUUCUUCAACAAGCCAUUCAAGACCUUAAACAAGGCCACCUUAACACCGCCAUUCUGUAUGGCGAUUAUUACAAUGCAUUCUUGUGGCUUCUGGGCAAGAAUGUGUGGAGCUUCUGAUGUUCUGUUGUGUCCCAAUCCCGAUGAACGCAUAUGCUGGGAUGGCGCUCAUAUGACUUAGAAGGCUUAUUAUUAAAUCAUGGCAUCCUGGCUCAUUGAUCAAGUCUUUCCAAAGCUUCAAUGUUCUAUAUAAUGGCAGAAGCAUCUUUCUUUGUAGUAUUAAUUACAUAUUCCUGCAGGUGAUAAUUAACAAUGUACUUGAGAAGAAUCAGAUAUAAAUUUAGAAUAAGGUCUAACUGGUUAA